UGCACGUGCUCCAACUGUAGGGAGAUGCCCACAGAAAAGAAGAGAGUGUGCGGCAAUAUGUCACAUCAAAGUUGCAACUCUUAAUUAUCUUGGUAGGAUGUUGUGUACACAAGUGGCAGAAGUGAAGGUUGGCGUUUUCUGCUGGAUUUUUCUGACAUUUCUACAAGACUGCAAUGGUGCCUAUCGCUCCUACAGGUCAUACCGAUCCUAUAGUUAUUACGAUUAUUACUACUCGUCUGGAACUUCUUCAUAUGGAGGUGUAAUUGGCGGAGUCAUUUCUGGCCUCAUUUUCAUCUCCUUUGCAGUGGCAUUAUGUGUGUGUUGCUUCUGUCGUCAUCAACGAAGAAGAACCUCUCCCGUCGGUGUUAGAUUUCUCAACUCUACAACACCACAACAAACCGUCAUCACAACCAAUACCACGCCUGGACUCUAUCCACCUCCGUACAACAGCCAGCCGGUAUCUUAUGGUUUUCAACCUGCAGUAGGACAAACAGUGGAUCCGCCUCCCUCAUACAACCCACCAAACCCUCAGCAUACUGAAUCUGCACCCUCUUAUGAAUCAAUGUUCGGCAAAAAUGGAUCUGAACAAUGAAUUAAAACGAAUUUCCCUUCCGCGUUAAAGUAAGGAAUGAUUCUUCAAAUCAAGAGAUAGUCACCAAAUGUACAUAUAUUUCAUGGCGUUACUGUAAAAAAAAUACUAGAACAUUAUAUGUAUAAGGGACUAUAGAUUAUGAGUAUUUAGUGGUGUGGUAUAACUAUCAUUUUAGAUAUUUUUUUUAUUCUUAAAGUUUCAUAGUAAUUAUAAUGUUUGGUUAUUCAUUAAACACAUUGCACCAGAAGUCUUCCAAAACAGUUUGAACUGUCAAAAGUAAAGCUUAAGGGAUAUGCAAUUUUUUUUAAUUUUAUUUCAAAACAACCAAACUGAGUAUACAAUAUAUAUCCACACCAAACUCAUGAAAUUCAGACCCCUAAUGUCUGGGGUCUAGGCACUGAGCAGCUCUCUGUCGAGGGAAAAAUGGAUAAGAUUUUUAAGUCUUUGAUUUAUUACCCACUUUGUCUUUCUCGUCAUCGUGUAAUUUACUAAUUUAUCACGUCCUUAUUCGUUUACGUAUUUGUAAAUUUUAAAAAAAAAAGAAAUCUAGUGAACAAUAUUUUAAAAUCGUUCCACCUGAAUAUUUGGAAUUGUCGAGAAUAAUGCUAUUUACAAUGAUAAGCAUUGAUUUAUUGCCAUACAAGUUGUGUGGUCGAACACAACAUCUAGUCCAGCAUUUCCAACUGCGGCUACAUUUUGACACAACUAGCACCUGUUGAUGACCGUUUAAAUUUCAGUAUGCAUGCACAUAUAUGCUUUAUGAUGUCCCAAGACACAAUUUGUGAAGGGGAAAUCUCGUGAAAUUGAGGCACGGGGUAAAAAGUUCUCAAACAACGUCAUCGGCAUCAAAGGAAGUGAGGACAUUCAUUGUACCCCGCCUUCUCUACAUUUAAUAUCGAUCUUUACUGAUGUUUGUAAAAUACGUAAAAUGUUACAAGAAAUGUGAAGGGAAUCCUUUUAGCAUUUAAUUUAAUUAAGGUGCAUGUAUGCAUAUAAACUACAUUUUGUAUAUGAUAGAUUAUGCAGUUUUUUCACUAUCAUUUGUCUUUUACAUAUGGUUGUUAUUGAUUUCUUGAUCUGUGUUUUGUAUGUGAUGGAUAAACUUGGUGACAUUAUAUAUACACACAAAGUAUACAGUGACCUUAAUGACAUUAUAUUUAUUUUUGCUGUUUAUAUUAUCGUUAAUUUUUCCACAUGUUCCAAAGUUAACAAUUGUCUAUGGCAAGCCCUUUUACUUAGAUAUAUAUAUUUUUUACUUUUAGAGAUAUCUCUUACAUUUAGAGAAAUAUCUCUUUCACUUAGAAAGAUAUCUCUUUCACGUAGAGAGAUAUCUCUUUCACUUUGAGAGCUCUCUCUUUCACUUAGAGAGAUACAUUUGUAUCUCCUAUACUUUAAGAGAUAUCUCUUUCAGUUAGAAAUAUAUCUUUCACUUUGAGAAAUAUCUCUUUUCCUUAAAAGAUAUUUAUCUUUCACUUUGAGAGAUAUCUCUUUCACUUAAAGAGAUAUAUCCUUCACUCAAAGAUAUAUCUUCUUCACUUAAAGAGAUAUCUCUCUAAGAAUUCCUAGAGAUAUAUCUCUCAAAAUAUAAGAUAUAUCUCUUUAAUUAUUGAAAAAGAGAUAUCUCUCAAAGAGAAAGAGAUUUUUCUUUCCAAUAUCUUUUAUUUUGAAUACUUGAGGAAUUCUCCUUAUACCGAAAGCCCGCCAAAGUAAAUGAUGGCUGCAAUCCUGGGCGAGGAGUUCGCGUUUACCGCAUGUGAAGUGAAUACAGGUAACAAAAAAGGAAUUGAUAACAUGUGUGAGCUAGACUGGAUUUACAUUUAUAGCCUCUCGGCAACUUGAUAAUGUUGCUUCAACCACCUCUUCAACUUUUUUCGCCAUUUUACACUAGAAGUAUUUUGAUUGGUUAAAAAUAGGGUUACAUCAUAUUAAUGGUAAUGCAACAGGGAGAAGUCAUUAUGAUCACCGGGUGAAAAUCUGUAUAAUUUAAAGAGAUGUCUCUUAAAGUUAAAGAGAUAUCUAGUUUUUAAAAUUUAAAGAGAUAUCUCUCUAACUUAAAGAGAUAUCUUUUUUACAUUGAUAGAGAGAUAUCUCUUUACAUUAGGGAGGUAUAUCUUUCUCUUUGAGAGAUAUCUCUUUAGCUUUAAAGAUAUUUCUCAGAAAGAAAGAGAUAUCGCCCUAGCUUAAAGAGAUAUCUCUUUUGUUUAAAGAUAUAUCUUUUUUUAGUUAAACAGAUAUUUCCUUAGCGUGAAAAGAUAUCUUUCAAACUUACAGAUAUGUCUCUACAACCAAUAAAGAUAUCUCUCUAGUGUAAAGAGAUAUCUCUCUUAUUUAAAGAGAUAUCUUAUUUUACGAAUAAAUAGUAAACGGGCUUGCUUUAAUUGUCCUUAAUGGCAGUCAGAUAUAUAAGUUGUUUUGUUUGUUUAUUUGAAGUCCCUUCGGAAAUAUUUCACUCAUAUUGAGACGUCACCAGCAGUAGGCAAACAUACAGUUACCCAUUUGUUUUAUUUGCUGUUGGAAAUUUACUCCUGAAAAAGCAAUUUGAAAUAAUCAUAAAAUACCAAUUGCUACCAUUACUUGUAUAUGUAUAUUAUUAUGAAAUAUUUUGAAUUUCACGUUUUGUUGAAUUAUUUUUAACACAUCUCAGAAAUUUUAGAAAAGUUAUUAUUUUUCCGAUCCACUGUUUUAGUGUAUAAAAUGUUUCUCUACCAAGUGUAAAACUGAAAAGAUUGAAAUAAAAUUUUAAAACACA